GUUAACGAAAACACUAAAAUCAUAACCAAAACUAUUUAAUGGUGAGAUUAUUGGGCCACUCACUCUUUACCUUUUCCAAGAACAUCAAUUUCUGAGCUACGUGGCUUCAUUGGCUUCCACAUUUCGUUUGAAACAUUCUUGUCUGAACUAAAACCUAGAAAAAAAUGGCUGAGGAAUCACCAAGAUAUGCUAUAGUUACUGGAGGGAAUAGAGGAAUUGGAUUUGAGAUAUGCAGACAAUUAGCAAACAAAGGGAUUAGGGUUAUUUUGACAUCUAGAGAUGAGAAACAAGGGCUUGAAGCUGUUGAGACAUUGAAGAAAGAGCUUGAGAUUUCUGAUCAAAGCAUUGUCUUUCAUCAGCUUGAUGUCUCUGAUCCUGUUAGUGUCACUUCUCUUGCUGAGUUUGUGAAAACCCAUUUCGGAAAACUCGAUAUCUUGAUCAAUAAUGCUGGGGUUGGUGGUGUAAUCACUGAUGUUGAUGCUUUAAGAGCUGGGACAGGGAAAGAAGGUUUCAAGUGGGAGGAAACUAUCACUGAGACUUAUGAGCUAGCUGAGGAAUGCAUAAAGAUUAACUAUUAUGGACCAAAGAGAAUGUGUGAGGCGUUUAUUCCACUUUUGCAGUUAUCUGAUUCUCCAAGAAUCAUUAACGUAUCAUCCUUCAUGGGUCAAGUAAAGAAUUUAGUAAACGAAUGGGCAAAAGGGAUCCUGAGUGACGCAGAGAAUCUAACGGAGGUAAGAAUUGACCAAGUGAUCAACCAACUUCUCAAUGAUCUGAAAGAAGAUACGGCUAAGACAAAAUAUUGGGCUAAAGUCAUGUCGGCUUACGUUGUUUCGAAAGCCGGUUUGAAUGCUUACACGAGGAUCUUAGCGAAGAAACAUCCCGAGAUUCGCGUUAACUCGGUUUGUCCUGGAUUUGUUAAGACUGAUAUGAAUUUUAAAACUGGAAUUUUAUCUGUGGAAGAAGGAGCAUCAAGUCCUGUGAGGUUAGCUUUGCUUCCACAUCAAGAAUCUCCUUCUGGUUGCUUCUUUGAUCGCAAACAAGUUUCAGAGUUCUGAAAUCUUUGUGUGGAGAUAGAUAAGCCAAAGUUUUAUUCAUGUAAUGAGAAUUAUUGUUUGAAAGCUAAACAGAAAGUAUCGACUAUUCAAUAAACAGAAACAUUAUUAAGCCUUAUUCG